GUCCAAUCGCUGUCCCAAGAAACCCGGCUACGGUUAAGAAUGGACCAAUGGCUGAGAGCGAGAGCGGUCUGAUUGUUUGUUUCGGUUAGUCCACCGAGACUGGCAUUUUGUUAACAAUGCGACUGUUAAUUAACAGUUUUGCGGUUAAUAUAUACUAGUAUCUUAUAUUUCAUGGGAAUGGGGUCUCUUAAGUUCAUCGCUGGACAAGAACAUUCAGCGACAGAGGCCACAGUCACAGAGGCCAUGCUGGUGUGCCAGGGAGUAAACAAUCACAGCUACAUCUGCGUGUCGGGCCACUGCUGUGGAGAGACCCAGUGCUGCAGCUACUACUAUGAACUGUGGUGGUUCUGGCUGGUGUGGACUCUGAUCAUUAUCCUGACGUGCUGCUGCAUCUGUCAGCACUGGCGCUCCAAGCAGCGCUUCCAGCAGCAGCGCCGGCAGAACGAGAUCAACCUCAUCGCGUACCGAGAGGCCCACAACAACUCCCAGCUACCCCUCUAUCUCAGAUUCCUGCCUACCUACCUGCUGCCAGCCUAUGAGGAGGUGGUUGACCGCCCCAUCACGCCGCCUCCCCCUUACACCCCUCUGCAGUCAGCACCCCCACCCACGGAUCCGCCCGAGGAAUCUCCCGGCCUCCGUCUGGCCAUCUCGAUCCCUGGCGACGUGCCGCCCCCCACUACUCCGGAGGUCGCGCAGACCCGCCUCCACGGUGCUCACAACCCCAGCAAGGACUCGACGCCGGGCAGGUACCGGCGCUUCACGGGGGACUCUGGGAUCGAAGUGUGCGACUGCCAGGAGCUGUGGGAUCAACGCAGCCUUUUAGAGACGGAGGAAGAGACAGUGGAUGAGGGGGCGGGGCAAACGGAGGGCCCAUGCGAUCGCUGUGGCCCUGACUCUAGACUCGGCCACGAUAGCAACGCAGUCAUUGGUGAAAACACAGAUGGACACACGACCGCGGCGACAGAGCCACAGGCUCUUAGUUAACCCACCCUGAUGUCUGCAGUCCGGAAACAAAAUGUAAAGCUACAUUACGCAACUUCUGGUUGGAAGCAGAAGGUACGUUUUCUUUUGCCAAGCUCCGCCCCCUCCUCAUUUUCCGGUUGCUCAUGUCGACGAGCUCUCUGAUUUGAAAUGUCCUCCUGCCAGGAAGCAGCACUGAUGUUCAUGUUCAGUUCAUUUUGUUCUCACAUUGCCACGCACGGUUCUUUAAUCUUUGCUCAGUGGUUUUUGUCACUGACGGGGCUGUUGCCUCGUCACUGACUGUAGCAUUAGACUAGAUUACACCACGGUAGCUAGACCAAUACUUUGUUUUUUUUAUUUAAUUUGUUCUCAAUCUACUACAUAAUGUAACGUAAAUCCCCUCAGCUUGAUUCUGGCUCAUACGUUGACACUGACAUAUUGUGGAUAAACCAAAGUGUGCCUGCCGUCUACUGGGAAUACCUUAGGUUGUAGUAGGGCACUGCAGGGCGUUGCAGUUCUUCAGCAUUAAUGUGAUGAAGUACCUCAAGUUGUCAGGUAUUUUUUGUCUGAUUCUUUUUCUUUCUUUUUUUUAAUGUGCCAAAAACAGACCGCCCGACAGCUUCUGAGUACGUUUUUCACAGAAAUGACAUGUAACAUGAUAUGUGGUAUUAUCAUGAUAUAUAUAUAUAUAUAUAUAUAUAUAUAUAUAUAUAUAUAUAUAUAUAUAUAUAUAUAUAUAUAUAUAUAUAUAUAUAUAUAUAUAUUAAUUAGGAUGUGGGAUUUCAUCCAGUCUGCCCACCUCCUGACUUCACCUUUGAGGUUUUGAACUGGUAAUUUCCGCCCCAGUUUGACUUGACUGGUGUUAUAAGUGAUACCACUUUGGUGUAACCUAAGAGUUAUGUGGUCCAUCAUGUCAACUUUGACUUUGACAAACCUAGAAAAUAACUUUUACCUGUUGGGCUCUGGUGUCUUCAGCUCUGAAGGCCUCUGAAGACACAUUCUGAAUCUAUAAUUACACACCGCUUUGAGUUACCAGCCCCCCAAAAACACUCACUUCAUAUGUAAGAUGCAUAUCAUAACCUUCAAGAGCAAUUGCCACAUGAUUUGGAGGUUUGGCAAACAAACUAAAAGGUUCUGGUCGGAAAGGAUUUCAAGUGGCCAUCUUUACUGGAACUAAAAUAUGGUUCCGAGAAAGAAAUCUGUAACCUUUCGGUCACCAUCAAUCGGAGUUAAAACGUGAUCCUUUUGUUUGAACUCCAACGAAGGCUGUGUCACCUUUUGUGAAGGUCCUUGAGAAAACCUACUGUAUGAAAAUGCACACGAUGCAACAGGCCCUAAUGGAACAGUUCCUCCACAGGAUGGGUUCUUUAGUAAAGGAUCCUGGUUUGAGUCUUCAGUCUGUAACUCAGGGCUCUGUGAGAUGCCGUAGUGCCAUAAAAUAUGUAGCCUUAUGUAGCCUUUUGAGUAGAAUGUAUUGUAUAGUAGAACUUGAUCGUAGCGCUAGUCAUUUUUCAUGUUGUGUUCUGCACUAGGGCUGCAACAACGAAUCGCUAACAUUUGAUUAUUAAAAGAGUUGUCAACGAAUGUCAUUAUCGAUUUGUGGUGGUUCGCGCGAUUUAUUACGCCACUCAAUAAGCUGCGGGGAUGUUUUUGAGUUGAGCGCCGCAGAUCGGAGAGGCAAGACCAUCGGAGAGACCCGUAAACGUUGUUCUGGAACACACGGCAGAGGCAGAGAAAUCCGUACGACCGCAACGCUGCGUUGGCACCGAAAGCGUUGAGAGUUGAGUAGAUCCCAUGCAAAGUCGACGCACAGGCGCGAAUGGAUGCAGAUUUUUCGCCGGGUCAUCAAUGACGUCGUGCCGUUGGUGAAUCUAACUGGCUGCCGCUGCUCUCGUAGCGCUGGGAGCUGAAGUCACCCAGACGGAGCCGGUGAAAGUCGCCGAGCUGUGUGAGCCCGCGGGUGAUGUUAUGAACCCAAACACGAGGGCGUUUGAAGCUCCGACGUUUGUGAGAUGUCCACAACAAGUACGAAGCAGAACUAGUGGUUAUUUCUUCCGUGGCGGAAAUGAUAACCGUUUCCACGGAGAUGAGCCACCUCCGACGCGAAUAAACCACAAAUGCUUUUUUAAAUUUUUUAUUAUCCGAUUAAUCGAAAAAAUAAUCGACUGAUUCAAUUGAUCGUUAAAAUAAUCGUUGGUUGCUGCAGCCCUAAUCUGCACCCAAUCGGUUCUCAAGCCGUGACCAAACUCGUAGAUAUGCAAAGGGGACUAUAUCUGCACGAUGCCGUCGGUGUGUUUAUAUAUAUUCUAAAGAAGGACGCACGUCGCACGGGGAAAGGAUCGACUGACUGAAACACUCCGGGUAUAAAAUGUGUCUUUCAGUUGCGCCGAGGGGACUUUUCAGUGGAGCACUUUUCCACACGUGCAGCAUUGAACUUGUGGUCUUCAGCACCCGGUGCGACACGCUGUACAUAUGCUCUUUAACCAAACACAAUUCUAUUUUUCUGUCACAUUUUUGUAUAACAUUAAAAGUUAUGGAGGAACACA